UCUAGGUUUUAUAAAUCAAAUUUCUUUUAGCCACCGACAGAAGAAUUAAAAAUACAGUCGCAGCAAUACACAACUGAGGGCCAAUGAAUAUGUCUACCGAAGACAUAGUUGGCACCCUCGCCACGUCAGUGGGGAAGCUCCACGUGGACGACGGUGGUGUCUGGAGGGCCAUCGACCAUAUUUAUAAACGAAGGCCUCUCUACCGCGUUGUAUACCGUGGCACCCCAAGAAUGGCCUUGGACGGCGACGUCACCGCCCGCCUAACGAAGGGGUCAUUCCCAAGCGAUGAGAGGCUUAGAGAAUACUUGAAGCAACACGAGAACAGGGACUCAAAAGUACCCACGCCAUUCAUCUCCGUGACGCCUUCACUGUCAUGGGUUAUGAGCUUGUGCUCUUUUCACGAUGACCCCGAGGAUCGUCCGAACGUGCGGAUACUGAUCAUCGACCCCCGGUCUCUUGAAAGCGGGAGCUGCUGCAACCUGAAGGCCCUUCAUGAAUACAUUAGCCCGGGAGGCGAUUUCACUAGAUACAAAUCCGAGUUCCUUAUCUGGAAACGCAUCCCAUCACGGGCUAUCGUCUCGACGUGGCAAUGGGAAGAUAUCAGGAGUAACGUCAUCUUCGGGACUCAUAUCCCCAUCGACUUUCCGCAGAUGCAGAACGAAUAUAAAACAAAGUGGGAUCUUGCCUUGCAUCGGCGCCGGGCUGAAAAAGAGCGUAAUAAAGGCAGGAAACAAUUCCACGAUGACUUGAUUGCCGCUAUUUGCAACGGCUGGGACCCGAUUGAACAGGGAAAACAGAGCUUGUCACCGCUACUUUGGUAUGUCGUAGCCACGGUGCAUGCAUGGUGGGCCGAGAACGACUCGAAGAGUUCGUUCGAAAUCUUUGACAGGCACAUAAGACCUCUGUCGGAACGGGAUGAGUUUCGUGACUUGGUUAAUGCUUGUGAUGAAAAGACGGGCCAGUCCGUAGUAAAAUAUAGCGGUGCUCAGGCUAAUCCUGACUUUUGGUCAUGGGCACAUGAGGCUGAACAGCUUCGUGGAAAAUAUGGGUUUUGGUCUUCCGCAAUACCUGACGCAGUUUCCCAACCGAAACUGAACCCAAGGAGAGUAUGAUUUGCGGACUAGCAGUCACGGCUUGACACACAAACUCACCUUAGAAACCUCCCAUAUUUUAUAGGACAAAUAUUGAUGAGUUGGGG